UUCACAAGUUUUAAAAUUUCAAAAAUCGAAAUUUAUAAGACCGCAAAGAACUGGUCAUUUUUUAUAGCAAAAGCCACCCACCACCGCCAGUUCGCCGCCCCUCAACCACCGCCGCGAAGUUCGCGGUUCCCUCUCGUUUGAAAUCCCUGUGUUCGAUUUUCUCAAUACAGUCUCCUCUCAAGUCAUUGUCCCCCACCAAUUUUUGAUCUGCAGCAUUUGAUCUUUAGGAAUCUUUCUCUAAAAACUGAGAUCGAGAGGCUGAAGGCGAAAUUUUGUGACCGGCGCCGUUUGGUGGUUUCCGAAUCAACUCGCGGAUUGGAGAUCGGAGAUGGAGAACCUCAUUGCAUUGGUUAACAGGCUGCAGAGGGCGUGCACCGCGCUCGGCGAUCACGGUGAGGAGAGCGCGCUGCCCACUCUCUGGGACGCACUACCUUCGAUUGCGGUCGUCGGUGGUCAGAGUUCGGGAAAGUCCUCUGUACUGGAGAGCAUUGUUGGAAAGGAUUUCUUGCCUCGAGGAUCUGGUAUUGUUACUAGACGACCACUUGUCUUGCAACUUCAUCGGAUUGACGAAGGUAGAGAAUAUGCCGAGUUUGGACAUCUUCCUAGAAAGAAAUUCACGGAUUUUGCUGCUGUGAGAAAAGAGAUUUCUGAUGAGACUGAUCGAGAGACAGGACGCAGUAAACAAAUAUCUACUGUUCCUAUAUAUCUUAGCAUUUAUUCUCCUAAUGUUGUGAAUCUGACUUUGAUCGAUCUUCCUGGGCUUACAAAAGUGGCUGUUGAGGGUCAGUCAGAAAGCAUAGUGAUGGACAUUGAGAACAUGGUGCGCUCCUAUAUUGAGAAGCCCAACUGUAUUAUUUUGGCAGUAUCUCCUGCCAACCAAGAUCUCGCAACUUCUGAUGCAAUUAAGAUCUCGCGUGAAGUAGACCCAAAAGGAGAGAGAACAUUUGGUGUGUUAACAAAGAUUGAUCUGAUGGAUAAGGGUACCGAUGCUGUAGAUAUGCUGGAGGGAAGAGCAUAUAAGCUGCAAUUCCCAUGGAUAGGUGUUGUUAAUCGCUCACAAGCUGACAUCAAUAAAAAUGUAGACAUGAUUGCUGCUAGAAGAAGAGAGCGGGAGUAUUUUGCUCAAACCCCAGAGUACAAGCAUCUUGCUCACAGGAUGGGUUCUGAGCAUCUAGGGAAAGUUCUAUCUAAACAUUUGGAAGCUGUCAUCAAAUCUCGAAUUCCAGGCCUUCAGUCACUCAUCAACAAGACUAUUAUUGAGCUAGAAACUGAACUGAGUCGCCUUGGAAAGCCAAUUGCAACUGAUGCUGGGGGAAAGUUGUACAUGAUUAUGGAGAUCUGCCGCAUAUUUGAUGGAAUAUUCAAAGAGCAUCUCGAUGGAGUUCGACCUGGUGGUGAUAAGAUAUACAAUGUUUUUGAUAACCAAUUACCAGCUGCGUUGAAACGCUUGCAGUUUGACAAGCAUCUGGCAAUGGAAAAUGUCCGGAAAUUAAUAACUGAAGCUGAUGGAUAUCAGCCUCAUCUUAUAGCACCCGAGCAGGGUUAUCGUCGUCUCAUCGAAACUGCCUUGAUUACAAUCAAAGGUCCUGCUGAGGCAGCUGUUGAUGCGGAGCUGAAGCAGUAUCCUUCUUUAAGAGUGGAGGUUGGGAAUGCGGCAGUUGAGUCAUUAGAGAGGAUGAAGGAAGAAAGCAGGAAGGCCACUCUACAGUUAGUAGAAAUGGAGAACAGCUACUUGACUGUUGACUUCUUCCGGAAGCUUCCUCAGGAUGUCGAGAAGGGUGGCAAUCCAACCCAUUCGAUUUUCGACAGAUAUAACGACACUUAUCUCCGGAGAAUCGGAUCAACUGUCUUGUCUUAUGUCAAUAUGGUUUGUGCGGGCCUGAGGAACUCCAUUCCAAAGUCCGUUGUUUAUUGUCAAGUCCGUGAGGCAAAGCGCAGCUUACUCGAUCAUUUCUUCACUGAAUUAGGCAAAAAAGAGGGGAGACAGUUGGGUAAACUAUUAGACGAGGAUCCAGCAAUCAUGCAGCGGCGUCUCUCUCUUGCAAAGAGGCUCGAGUUGUACAGAUCAGCCCAAGCAGAGAUUGAUACCGUAGCUUGGUCUAAAUAAAGAGACGGUGUUGACUAGUCUCUUUUACGGCUUUAUUUUUUGUAUUUUCCCUAUCGAACGAUAGUGUAGGUAAUGUUGACUUCCUAUACAUGAUUCUUUGAUACUCUGUUGAGAAUUUGAGCAAUAUAUUUAGCUCGUUCGCCAAGUUUGUCCGGUGACCGGCAUACUGCUUCGUUUUUUUGGCCAUACUGUUGAUUUCUGUGGCCGAUUUGAAUUUAUUUUCUUGUGGUCAUGAAGAUUUUUGUAUUUUGGUUAAGACGGUUUUCUAUUCUAGCAUGAGUAUAAAAAAUAAUUUUUAUUA